GCGUGCUUUCGCUGAAUGGGGUUACCAAUGAACGUUCGAUAUGAAGAAUUCGGCCUGCAAAAACAAAAGAGCAGCAUGGACGAAGGGGGUGACUACCCGAGCUCGCCGGACAGUCUCCCCGAACCUGAACGUCCACCUCUUCGCCACAUCGACAAGUACAUCAGACCCGAAUGCCCGUGUCUCAGCAAAAGGGUAACCGUCGCCGUUCUCACCUGUAUGGGUUUCAUCAUCAUGUUCGGAAUGAGGUGCAACAUGGGCAUGGCAAAGGUUAAGAUGGAAGAAGGGAAAGCUAAAAUGAAAUGGUCGGUCACCACCAGCUCCGCAGUGGACGCGUCGAUAUUCUGGGGUUACUUUAUAACGCAAAUACCCGGCGGUUUUUUAGCUGCAAGAUAUCCACCUAAUCGAUUAUUUGGUGCCGCAAUCGGAUGCUCUUCCUUACUACACUUCUUUGUACCCAGCGCUAUGGAACUUCAAAAUCCCGGACUUGCAAUUACCAUUAGGGUUAUGCAAGGUCUGGUAGAGGGCGUGACCUAUCCAGCGUGCCACGGUAUCUGGCGUUACUGGGCGCCGCCGCUGGAACGUUCCCGCUUGGCUACCUUGGCGUUUUGCGGUUGCUACGCUGGUUUAAUGUUCUCAAUGCCCAUUACCGGCGAACUCAUAAAACGUAUAGGUUGGCAUUCGCCCUUUUACUUUUAUGGGAGCGUUGGUAUCUUGUGGUACCUAUCGUGGUUAUGGUUGGUCUUCGAAAAACCCUGCAAGCAUCCUACGAUUGAAGCACGAGAACUUAUGUACAUAGAAAACUCGUUAGGCGGCGCCGCUCAAUCUCAUACGAUACCGAGCAUUACGAAUACACCGUGGAAAGCCUUUUUUACUUCCAUGCCCGUUUAUGCAAUUUUUGUAGCAAAUUUUUGCCGAUCGUACAACUUUUACCUUUUAGUGUUAUUCCAAGCGCUUUACUUUACAUCGAGGUGGGAGAUGGAUAUUGAAAAGAAUGCAUUUUUGGGCGCAUUUCCUCAUCUGCUGAUGACCAUAAUUGUACCCACCGGAGGAGUUUUGGCGGAUUAUUUAAGAAAACGAGAAAUACUAACAACAACGCAAGUGAGGAAGCUGUUCAACUGUGGAGGUUUCGGAAUGGAAGCGACGUUCUUCCUAGUUGUUGCCUAUGCCACAUCAUCAACGGCUGCCGUUAUAGCUCUAAGCUGUGGCGUGGCCUUCAGCGGAUUCGCCAUAUCCGGAUACAACGUCAAUCACUUAGAUAUAGCACCAAAGUACGCUAGUAUAUUAAUGGGUUUAUCGAAUGGAAUCGGUAGUAUAGCUGGAUGUAUCUGCCCCUACGCAGUCGAUUUAAUUUUAACAGAAAAAGUAAGUCUGCGAAACGCAAUUUUAACAAAGACGUCAUUUUUAUUACGCACGAACGCGCUUGGUAACCGAGAACAAUGAUAUCGCAUUCGAAAU